UGAAAUGGGCUGAGGAAAUGUCAAGCAAUUUCCUGUUUACCAAAAAGAUGAGUACCCGGAAUGUGUCAACCUAACCUUUAAAGUUGAUGAUCGGAAGAUAAAUCCUGAUGCAAAAUAUUUUGAUGAUAAUGAGACAUUGAUCCACUGAAAGGUUUUUCAAAUAUCUUCAGUAGCUGUUCAUAUGGGGGAGUAUAUCGUGGGGAUAGCCAUUACUCUCAAGGUCAACGGGAAGGACAAGGCUCUUCAGCAUAUUGGCUCUGGCGCAGUAAUUGAUACUGAAAAGCUCUACAUGGAACCUUUCGAGCACAUUGAGCAUAUGAAAUGCACUUAUUCACAAGAUGGUCUCCAUAGCUUGGAGUUCAAGACGAAUACUGAGCGAACGCUCCAGUCUAUAGGAAAUGUUGGUGAAGGCGAAGAAGUGAGAGAGCUUGAUCUUAAAGAACAAGAUAAAGCCCUCAUAGGUUUCAGAGGGUGAUUUAAAGAGCACAUCUAUGACAUUUUUGCAUAUAUUGCAGUUAGACUUGACAUACUCAAUGAUGCUGCUGAUGACGAUGAUCUCGCUCUGAUGGAAGCAGAGGGGGAAGAAGAUUUUGACCCAGCAGAAAGAGUCUAA